CUUUUCUUCUUUCCUGCUUUAGUUGCUGGUUGUUCGCUUCUUCCUCUCUUUAUUUUCUUUCUUUGUUGACGGAAUCGCGUCAGAUGCAGGCUUCCCAGAGACCAGAAGGAGGAGGGAGCCAAAAUGCUUCCUCAGCGACCCUCGUUGCCCAUCAGCGGGCUCUGAUUCCGUCUACAAGUAUCGAAUUCCCAACACAACGUCUCUAUGCAUUAUCGAUCUUUGUUGUAUUACAAACUGUCAAGCUUACGGAUCUACUCCAAGUUAAUUUCGCGGCUUCUUACCCCGAAGAAUACGCUGGUAUCUUUAUACGGUGGUGGAUCCUCGAUGCGUUAUACAUGGCGGUUCUUUGGAUCGUACAGAUCCCUUGGUUACAGUUCAGUUCUUUAAAAACUAUGCUGAUCAUCGCCGGUUUCUUCUUUCUUGAUCUGUUUCUUUUUGUCUUUCAACCAGUUGCAUUCUUUGGUUUCCUCCUCAAAGUCAUCUUGGGCGAAUCCCAAAGCCAGCAAAUGGGCGUGUCAAAAGGAAAAAUGGUCGAUGUCAAGGAUAUUCUUCAGAACUCCUCGCAUAUCUUGGGUCGCCAUACUGUGCAUAUCUUGCCCUAUGGCACUGCGAAAUUAAAUCCAGAUGGCGAGUCCUACUGCAUACCGGAACGCGAUAUCGGCACAGAAAACAUCUAUAUACCAGUCGUACUGAACAACACCACUCCUAGCACGAUCUCUCUUUCUCGGUAUGAUUUUGACUCAAAAACCAGCACCGUAUUCGAACUUUCUGGACGGGACAUCCAUCGCGCAAAUGAGAUUGGACACGGAAAGCAAGGACUCGAAUACUACGUUAUCAAAGUACGAGAACCGGGCGCUUACAAGCUGGACGAAAUUGUCAGCAAAGAUGGAUUGCAUGUUCAAUUCUACAAUAGACUGGCCUAUGUCUUUGUAUGUCCUACAGCACGAUUUACGCCAGUCAGCACGGCCGAUUACUGCAGUGGUGACAAGGAAACACUCGAACUUCAGGUUUCUGGUGUGGCACCGCUUAAAGUGGAGUACAAUCGGCAUGUCAACAAGCGCCUAUCAUCGCUCAAAUUGGAUCGCAUCCAACCGGAGAACUUUGAAUCGCCCUUGACGCGCAUGAAAGAUGGAUUAUCCGAAGUUGAUCAAGCAUUCUUCACAUCGGCGUUCCAUCAGGACAAUUUUAAUUGGGCAGCUACGGAACAUUUGACAAUGAAUUUGGAUCUGUCGUUCAAGGAGUCAGGUGAACACGUCUACUAUAUUAAUCGAGUUAUUGAUGGUGUUGGCAACGUCGUGGAAAUCAAUGAUCCAGUAAAGAAUAAGUUCAUCGUGCACGGACAUCCAAAGGUGCAGUUCCAAUGUUCUGCCACAGAUCCUGUCAACCUCUUGAUCGGCGAAGAUUCUACCAACCUGCCUCUCAGUCUAGAAGGCUCGAGCCCAUGGAAAUUGGAGUAUGAGUACACUUCGGAAGUCGACGAGGGCACGACGAAGCUAAAGACAACACAGAUAAGCGACAGCAAAUCAUCUUUGAAGGCUCACGCUCCUGGCGAAUACAAGCUCCUUCGUGUAUCGGACAAAUUCUGUCGUGGUGACGUCCUGCUCCCAUCUACUUGCCAAGUUGUUCAGCCUCCUCCUCCGCUAAUCCGCGUUGAUGCAACUCCGGUUCCGUCAGAGUGUGCUGAUGAUAGCGAGGUUGGCAUGCGUUUUGCCGUCGAAUUUGAAGGUGCACCUCCUUAUACUUUUGAAUAUCAGGUUGUCAAAAACAACGGAAAGCGAAAGACUGUGGUGGAGAAAAAGAGAGAGCGUGUCGACCGAUCUCGCUUCCUCUUUAGUUACCUUCCUACCUCUAGCGGUGGAUACACGUACGAAUUUCUAUCGCUGGAUGACCGCAACUACAAGAACCGUGAAACAAAUGUUCAGUCCAUCAAGCAGAUCGUACAUCCUCAACCAGACGCCAAGUUCACUGGCAACAUGAAGGCCUUGCAAUCGAUUCGCACUUGUAUCGGCGACGACGUUGAGCUGGAUGUGGCACUUAGUGGAAGUGGUCCUUUCUUGCUAACCUGGACUUUUGCAAAGCAAAUGUAUUCGGAUGUUGUUGAAGGGAACCAGUACACUAUUAAGGUCCCCCGUUUGGAAAGCGCUGGUCAUCACGUUGUUUCACUGGUCAAGAUUCGUGAUGCAAACGAGUGCGAGAAGGAAUUGGAGGCUCGAGACGUGAUUAUUGAUGUACGACGCGAUAGACCUACUGUGUUCUUUUACACAGAAGAUGACAGCAACGCUACCGUUUUUGUUGCAGAAGGAGAGACCGCCAAACUACCAUUGCGUCUUACUGGUGAAGAACCCUGGAAGAUCACCUAUCGCAACGUUGAAUCUGAUGGCAAGGGUGUUCGAAGCCUGUCGCUUCGUGAUCCUAAUGCUCAAGUGGAGGUCAAGAAAGUGGGAACAUACGAGUUACUCAGUGUCGAGGAUUCUAUUUGUAAAGGUGAUGCUCUGCCUCCAACAUACACCGUCCGCUGGAUUGAUAAGCCGAAACUGUCGUUUGUGGAGGAUCAGGUCACACAAAGAGCUGAUGGCGUCUUUGAACGACAAGCUGUCUGUGAAGGUGUUAACGAUGCUAUUGAUAUCCAGUUCACCGGGCAUGGACCUUAUUACUGCGCAUAUGAUCAAUAUUUUACCCCAACUGGCCAACGCAGCUCCAACUUCCUCGGAUCUGACGAGAUCCGUUCGGGUCUUACCAAGAACUGGAUCGGUUUACGAACGCAAGAAAGCGGCAAAUACAAGUACAGCUUCAAUAAGAUCGCAGAUCAGCGCUACACCAAUCCAUUUAAGCUUUCACCGCCUUUGGUUCUGGAACAAAAUGUUCAUCCUAUUCCAUCCGUCAAGUUCCCUACCAAGUCCCGAUACGCACGCACUGUAUGCGUUGGCGACACGUUUGACUCGGAUGACAUUGGCGCAAUUUGGUUGGAACUAAAGGGCCAGGCACCAUUCUCUGUUCGUCUCGGUCUUAAGCAUCAAUCUGAAAAGUAUGGCAAAACGAUCCAGUUCAACGAUAUCAACGCAAACAAAUUCAAGCUGGAGCUUACCGACGAAGUGACGACCCCUGGACACUACGAGUUGCAUCUUUUGAAUGUAAGAGAUGGAAAUGGAUGCAGUGCAGAAGCCAGCGGCCCCGAAUCUGUGUUGUCGAUCGAAGCACAAGAUAUUGCUACUAUCGUGCCCGCUGAGUCAUGUGCUGAGCAUUGUGUUGGUGAUACUCUCGAGUAUAGCUUAUCUGGCGUUGGACCAUUCACUAUAUCAUACCAAUUCAACGGUCGUAACGAAAAGGUCAAAUCGCAGACUUCAAGACUCACCAUGAUCGCAGAUAAGCCUGGUAACCUUACGAUUGUUUCCGUGGGCGAUCAGCGAAACAAGUGCCGCUCUUUCCCCAAGGAUAUGACCAAGUCCAUCCACGAGAUCCCAUCAUCACUUGUCAGUGGCGGCAGGGAGAUUAUUGAAAACAUCCGCGAAGGGGAUAUGGUUCAAGCCAAUGUAGAUUUGGUUGGUGUUCCGCCAUUUGAUUUUGAAUGGCAACGAAGUGAAGCAAUCUGGGAUAGCAACAAGAAACGAUUCUUCAAAGGAAACGUACUUGAAAGCCAUACAGUACAUAAUGUUGAGGGACAUCGCUACAGCAUUAAUACAUCAACAGAAGGAAUCAUUGAGGUAACAAGAAUCAAGGAUCGAUUCUGCCAUUAUCCUCGCCCUCAAUCUCAAUUGUAAAAGCUUAUCAAUGAAUCACGAACGUUCCAAUGUAAAUAAUAAAACAGUUG